AGGUGAAAGUGAUGCUCCGCGUUUGCACCCCCACAUCACCGCCUCCAGGGGGCGGUGCCAGUCCGGACCACUCCCCCGGCAGUAACAACAGUUUCUUCAGUCUCGAUAAGCGGAAGAAGCAGGUGACGUUGACGGAUCCAACUACAGGCAGCGGAGGAGGCGCACCUGAAGAUAGAAGGGUGGGGGUAGCGGCACCGAAGAUGUUCGCGUUUGAUGCCGUCUUCUCGCAGGAUGAUUCUCAGACGGAGGUGUGUUCGAGCGCCUUAACAGAUGUUAUUCAUGCUGUUAUCAAUGGAAACGAUGGCUGUUUGUUCUGUUUUGGACACGCUGGGCUGGGCAAAUCGUACACGAUGAUGGGCAGUCCAGACAACGGCAACACUCUGGGAAUCAUCCCCUGCGCCAUAUCGUGGCUAUUCAAGGGCAUCAACGAACAGAAACAAAAAACUGGCGCCAGAUUCUCGGUACGAGUUUCAGCAGUGGAAAUAUGCGGACCGACGAACCAACUCAGAGACCUCCUUUCUGGAUACUCAAAUGACUGCGAGCAGUCUCCAGGCGCCUACCUCCGCACAGGCAGCGGCAGCGGUUCAGGCGACGACACCCUGUUUGGAGGCCCCGCCCACUGCGAGCUGCGCGUUCCUACCGCCGAAAAGGCGGCGCACUAUCUCGAUGCAGCUGUAGAGGGGCGGAGACCAGUGACGUCGACGGGGCCAUAUCACGACUACGGAGACUCGCAUUUGUUGUUCACGCUGCAUGUUUACCAGUAUAGCGUGGCGGGGAAGGGAGGUGUGUGUGGAGGACGAAGUCGACUCCACCUGUUGGAUCUAGGAAACUCAGAUCGAGGAAGAAACAGUGGUGGAGUACCAUUAUCAGGAGUUGGCAACGUACUGCUGGCAAUCUUCAACGGACAAAAGCAUCUGCCAUACAAAGAGCACAAGUUGACCCAACUCCUUCGAGAAUGCUUGGGCUCAUUGACCUGCCACGCAGCGAUGAUCGUCCACGUGAGUCCUUCAGCCAGGAACUACAUGGACACUUUGACAACAGUGCAACUUGCAAGCAGGAUCCAUAGAAUGCGCAGGCGCAGGAUCAAGUUUGUCUCAGCGGCAGUCGGGAACGGAUCUGGAGGUAGUUCUGGUGAAGAAGCUGCUCGACCCGGUGCUGCAGGCACAAGCAGCGAGCCAGAUCCUUCUAGCAGCGAUCUAUCCGCAGACACUGUGAUUUACGUCGGCCCUGCUGCUGACGACGCCACUGAUGGGGAGCAUCCUCCGGUGUACAUCCCUAGCAUCAACUCCGGCGAUAAUAGAUGUUCGAUGAGCAAAGCGCUCAGAGGUUCAAUCGCCGAGCACCGCCCAUCGACAACCCAAACCACGCCCAAGUUCACCCAAAAAACGGAAGACAAACCUCCGCCCACAUCGACGCACCGUACGCCAACGAAAGUGGCGCAAAGCGGAAGUGGAGGUGGAAGUGUCAAGACAUCUCCCGCCCACGUUGCGUCGCCUAAGUCCAGUCCGAGUCGGAUACCAUGCGCGACUAAAGGGAAGGCGGAGAAACAACAUGGUACGCCCACCUCGGGCGUUAACGGAGGGAGCGAUGAGCAGUGGAUUGAUGGACCUAGGAUAUCAAAGUCAAAGGUGGCAGAAGCAAGGCACUUGAUUAAAGAGGCGUGUCAUGUGAAGAAAUGUGAAACUUGGAUAGAUGGUCCAAUGCAAGCUGACUGCUCAGCAGGUUAUGGCUACAUGGACAGUCAUAAGAAGAACAUGAUUAGGAAAUGGGUGGAACACCAGGCGAUACAGCUACAGAAGUCCAAAUAUACUCAUCCUAAAGACAAUAAAUCAGCCAAAGAAGCACCUAAGGAGCUAACACAGUUCAAGUCCAGUGAAGAUGACGAAGUUGUUAGGCCAAUAAGUCUUAGGAAACAAGACAUCGUGGAAGAAAGUGUCAUACGAACGGGUUUGAAGACACCGAGCAUGCCCAGCGACACUAUACCUGAGUGCCAUACACCUGACGAAAGGGACGACAAACCUAUUAAAGGUGUAGAAGCAGAGGACGAUGAAGACGAACCUGAAAUGCCUCCAGCAUUACCUCUGAUCCAGCCGCUGAGUAGCAGGGAGGUGUCUCUAGAAAGUCUUGAUAUUCUGCUGAAAGAGCGAAUGUUGUCCAAUGCUGAGUACAAUAGUUACCACAACGCUGGAAGCUUUGAUGAGCACCACCACGUUGAUUGCAGCGAGGAUGGUGAUGAUAUUCUGGAGAUCAUCGAAGUCGAGGAACCUCUAGAACCUGUGCCGACUCAAGACUCCUGUUUACAAGUAACUGAAGAAGACAUAGCGCUGUGCAUGGGAUAUGCGGAAAAUCCGUUGCCAGAAGUAGACCAAGAAAAUCCCUUAGACCACCCACUUAGGAUACUUAGUCAGGAAAAUUUGACUGUGGUGUCUACAUUCACGGACUCUAUGUCAGUUUUCACGGACUUAGAAAGGAUACUACCACGGCACCGAUUUGAGAGGUACCAUAUGCACAACGAUGAUUAUGAAGAUCCGGAUAACCCGUAUCCUCAGAACGGAAACGUUGAUGAUAUGACCAGGAAAAAGUUUGACCAAUUAGCUAGGCUGCACGAACUGUAUACCAACAGGUUAGCGAAAGCCAAUGUAGCAAACUCGGAGACCUACCAACGUCAACAACGCAGCAACAAUGGGCAACACGAAGAUCAGCACCACCACCGCAGGCCGCUGACAAGGUGUGAAUCGCUCACCUUGACAGACAUGUUAUACGGAGGUGGAGAAAAUAAUGGGAGUCGACUUCUCGAUCAUGAUAAUAGCAGCAUCUGCAGCGAACCAGCUUACGUCCAGCAGAAGUUCUGCGAAAACUGCAAGGUGAACAUGAUGGCUAGACCGGCCACUGUCCAGAAUUGGUACACCGAUCCGUUUCUCUCUGCCAGCACGCAAGACCUGACGGACCACCCUCCCGAAUACGGCUCCGCCCACUCGGGGCGUUUCCAACGUUACUCUCCCCACCACUCCAAAUACUCGGGGGAGGCGCUAGCCUUCCUUCGACAUCCCGACGGCGCGUCUAACCCGAACCUGCGCGAAGAGACCGCUCGGCGACUGUCGGCGACGAUCGGCGGCGAAAAAAAAACUUCGAUCGUGGCGGGAGUGACGGUGGGCGGUGCCACGACGACUGAAAUGGUGACGUCACAACCGGGGGCGGAGCGAGCGAACAGGGCGGCGCUCAGCUUGGAGACGAGCGUUGUGACGGCCGUCAAGGCGGGGCAUAAGUCAGAAGGGUACGACAGUGGCCACGACAGCACCCCCCGCACCUCAAAACACAGUCCAGCAGCCAUGUCUCGAAGGGCAGAAAGCGGGUACGACAGUGUGGUGAGAGACAGCGAGAGUUCGAGCGUUGACUCUGAACCCACACGAAGACUGCAUCAGCAACAACAACAGCAAAGGUCAAGAGGUCGAUCGUCUUGCAAACAUCGACACGACAAAUCGUUUUGUAGCUGGUUUUUGAAUCCGUUCACCUGCAAAUAUGUCGAGGAACCGCCCGAAACGCAUUUUUGAGACGGGCGGGAAAAGGGCGGCGAGGACUGCCCUAGGGAUGAAGGAAAUAGGUACUGAUACGCGACAGGACUGAAUAUUGUUGAUAAAGAACUGAAACUGUCCCCGAAUAAAACGAAUUUAAAUGACUUCUCGUGCAAUCAUACGAUAGUUACGAUGACUUAUUGAUUAAUGCCCUUUGGGGUACUCCGACUUGACGAUGACAAAAAUAUUACUCCUUUUCCUCUUAGACCCAAUUUAUCAGUUACAAGUUUGAUCAUUUCUAACCUAGAAGUUAACUGACAGUUGCCCAUAAGGUAAGCCUUAGUUGUCUACGUGGCAGUGCUACUUAUACUUCUGAGGUCUCGUAUGUUCCGUUGUUUACUAUCAAAUUAAAGGUGGUUUAAAUUCUCGCAGACGUUCCUCUUAGUCUGGGCAAUAUCUGAUGGGAAAAAUCGUUACACUCAACAUAAAAGAGGCUUUAGAACUUUUAUCUAUAGUUGAAAGUUUUAGAGAAAUAGGUGAUACAAUAUUUGAAAAAGUGCGAAAUAUGUCAUUUUCAACCCCGAAAAACAAUGAAAGAAAUGAAAAUUUCAACGUUGCCAAUGUUCCUAAAUAUUCUUCAAAUAUCCGUUAACAAAAUCCUAAAUCAUUUCAGGAUUUUUAUUGUAUUUUUUCAAUUGUUAAGCACACGCUUAGUGUAUCUUCUGGGUGAGUGCGAGAGAGAUGAAACCUAUACGAUAACAAUACGUUCUGAAAUGCUUCGGAAAUUUAUUAAUGUAUGUCUGAAGAAUAUUUAGGAACAUUGGUAAAAUUGAAAUCUUCAUUUUUUCAUGUUGUUUUUCGGACUCGAAUAUGUUAUAUUUUCUAAAUAUUGUAUCGCUUCUAUCUCGAAAAUUAUCAUCUUUAGAGAAAAGUUCUAAAGCACCUUUUUUGUUCAGAACGUCCCAAAGAACUUAUAAGUACUUAGAUCGGAGCGUAAAAAACAAUUUUUGGACUUGAACAGCAUUGGUCCAAAAAUAUUUAACGCAAAUUUGUAUAGAUUUGUUAAAAGGCACCCUUUUUGAAUAAGAUUAUCAAAAAAAACGAAUCAGAAUAUUUUUCCCAUCAGAUGUGAAGAUAUUACCUGAACUAUCUGACAAAAACCAGCAGCUUAUAAGGUUUGUCAGACGUUCAAUGAACUAUCAAAUCUGACGUAAAAGUUAUUACAAACUGCCAAAGCUUUUUCUAAGUCUAUUACAGCACAGCAUAAAAUCUGCAAACCGCUUUAAGUGACAUGAAUGCACUGACUGAUGAACACUUUUUUGAGAGACAGAUUAUUUUGCAGUGAAAAUUUAUAGCAUUUAUUCACACAUUUUCGAUAAAGGAAUCUUCCAGCGUACAGUUACCAUUUUUUGUUCCCAUCUACGCAAACCCACUUGACUAAAAAUCCUUUCGGCAUCUUCAAAUUCUGUAAAAGAAUUUCCGACUAUGGGGAAACAAGAGUAACUGUCGAAAUUCUUAUUUGACUGUCUUCUUUUCUACUCGGAUAUAUGUUAUCCAAUACAAUUUUUGGCAUUUUAACAUCUGUGGCUAAAACAAAAACUUUGGCAAUAAAGUCUUAAUGCUUUGGAGGCUCUAGUGUCAUAAUACAGAAUGUCCUAAAUAUAUAUAUUGACCCGCAGGUUACCUUUACUCUCCACCUUACUCGACCACCAUUGAUGUUUCGUUGCUUACGAUAUAAUAUCUGACUCAAUAAGUUCCAAAAAAAAGGUAAUCCUUCUUUUUCAUAAUGACACACUUAAGAUUAUAAAUUUUGAUAUAAAUUAUAUGCAUAUAGCGCGCAUACAACUUGGCAAAUAGAAAUCGGUGUUAAAAUUUGUCAAUGAAGUUUAAAAAAAAUUAAUUCCAUACACCCUUAAGAAGCAUAAUUGAAUACUGACAUAACACAGAACACACUUUCUUUCUGUCCUUUUGAUUUUGGACGCUUGCAAAACAUUCCUAUUUUGCAUCUUAAGUGGUCAUCCAAGUUAACCGUCCUCCUCUCUAUACAUCUUUUGGGACACCCUGUAUAGUGAUACUCCAAUAAUGACAACUAAAGCUCACUCAGUAAUCACGAAUUUCAUCCCAUCCAAUGAUUGUUAAGUUAGACAUGACCAAUAUUGUGGUCAGUGUACAACUCAACACAUCAAAGCUUUUAUAAAUAUAUUAAUAGUGUUUCAUAAGACCUCUAUUCUUAGUACCUCGUCUAUAUUGUCCUGCAAAGAUUGAACCUUAUGUGGUAGAAAAAGGCUGUAUCGAAAAUUUUUACACAACCUACCAUGUAGCUGUAGCUUUUCUACAUUCUAAAAUAAAAUUAUAAAAAGAAAUUACAGAGUUGUUGCGGUUGUAUUUUUGCAAACUAUGAUUCUUGUCGGUGAAAGAAUAUAACUUUGUACCACUUUGUAUCUAUAUAGUAGUAUUCGCUAAAGUAAACCUAUCAGUAUCCUUUGUAUACGUCGAGGUGUCAAAUAUUAUAGGCAAAUAUUUUCUUUUUUGCACUGAAAUGAUCUAGGGCAGAUUGAUAUGUAACGCUGGUGAGGUAAAUAUGUGGCAAGUUUUGAGAGUUAAUUAUUACCUAUUCAAGUCCCACUAUUUUACCACGUCUAGGGUGGUAAAAUCACUUUAGCAGCCGAUGGCAAUACAAGUACCUUUAAACGGAACUGUUCAUGGAUCAUAAGAACUUUCUUCAUUAACAUUUUGUUAGGCAAUGGCUGCAAAUUUAUUUAAUGUCUACUUAAAGACUUACCUGCUUACGAAUAAAAUAUUAUCUCGGGCAUAACAAUCACGUCUGUUGAUGUGUUAUUUUUUAACGCACUUAGCCAUAACCGCCCUAGAUACAUAAAUAACUAUUAACACAUAAUUACCUCAACCUGCGCGGUAUGUUAAAAUAGAUGAUCGGAUAUUGAAAAAAAAAUUUGACACUUUUUACGCUUCGUUAUGUUUGUUGCUGUUAUCCUGGAAUUUGAAAACACUCCAAUAUUGAAUAUACCAUUGCAAGUAUACAAGUUCUGUUUUGUUUUUGGUCUGUUAAAUCCAUUGCUGUUCACUUCGUAAAAAAAAUGUUGACACAAAUUGUCUGAAGUUUUCUGAAAUCGCUAGGAUUGGUAGUAUCUCAAUUUCCUCAGCAACACAAGCAUUAUUUACUUUACUGUUGACAUUAAUUAUUUAAUCACUCUAAACAUUAAUUUAUAUUCUGUUCCCUCAACAAUUGGCAAAGCAUGGGCCCCAGAAAACUUCUACUACUAGGCUAGUGUAAGAUAAAUGCCAAACUAGGUUACCAUUGACGUUUUUCGUAAAUGCCAGAAUUCUGUAAUGUGUAUAUCGAAAUCCUAUUUGAAAAUAUCAGCAACAAUUUCUCUUACUGAUAAGUAUUGGUCUUGUCUCGCUGAGGUAAAUGAGAAGAGAAUGUUGUAGUAUUUUUGAGUGCACUCAAGUUGAAAGUACUACUUGUAAAUGGAAAAAAGCGUUGUUACAAGUGCAUGGUUUCAGUGCAUUUUGAAUACAUAGUCUGCAUAUCAAAUUGAAUAUAAAGAAAGGGAUCAAAAUUUGUAGAUUUGCUGGUAGUUGUUUUUUUUCCUACUAAGACUGCUUCUCGUUUUGAUCUCACAUAGGAAUACAUGCAACACGUAUCUAAAUUUUAUACAUGAACUUCUUAGGAUCAUUUUACAAAUGUUCACAUAUUAUUUUAUUUGUGAUAUAGGUAGCUAUAUACAUAUACAUUGUAUUAUCAUUGAUUUUAUAUUCAAGAUUAUAUUAUUGACAUUUUUAUGUACAUUAGUGUAAAUUCGUGUAUUUAUUUUUAUUGUUAUUCCGUUUUCAAUUUAUUUGUAAAAUAGUG